AUGGACAACGUGGGAGGAAUUACGUCGGCUUCGUCCUUGUCUUCUGCGGGUGACGCCGCAUCGUACCCUUCCAUCCUCCAUAAUUAUCCCCUCUUCUCGGCGAUUCUCGCCUUCGCCAUCGCCCAGUCUACCAAGAUCUUCACUACUCGGUACGUUCAUACACUUUCCAAGUCGACGAUUUCAAUGCUGAGGGCCGAUUGAUCUUCCUCCCUCUCUUUCUCUUAUUUUUUUAUUCACCGGAGGGGUUCGGUUCCUGCCCUCCUUCGACAUGGCUUGUUUUUAUCUUUCUGGUGUUGUCUUGCCUGUUUUCUCGUCCUCUUUUCAUUUCGACGAUCGUCCGUUGUCUCUCCCGGUGUUUAGUUUAGCGACAACUUUGAUCUGAACGCUUUACCGGUAAGGAAUUAUAAAUGCUCGUCGCUUCAGACGACAAGCAGCUAGCUUCACCACGAUCCAGGAGACGUCUUAUUUGAUACUGUAAUCAUCUGUUUCCAACCGUGUUUUGGGCUCUGUUGUGUCUCUUUCAUAAUUACCGGACGUCUCUGCGCGCUAUUAACGACUCAUAAGACAUCUAGGAAUCAAUUUUAUAUCAAACUUCUCGCAUUAAGUGGGAUCUGGAAUAUUUUAGGAAUUUACUUGAGCCGCAUUUCGAAUACACACUCCUGCUGCACACGUAUGUUAGCGUCGUGAUUUUGGAAAAGACUGGGAAAUUCUCGAGUUUUCUUCUAGUUAAAGUGUACCAGGGACUUGCAUCAAGUAGAAGAAUAAGCGAGUCCAGGAAGGUAGAUCGUGAAGGAAAGUAAACAGUUCUCAAAAUUUAUUCACCUUCAACUGAAAAUACCUCGGAGGCCAAUGACUUGAGCUUGGAAAUUUACGAAUACAGCAUGAUCCUCCGACAAGUUAUCUAAUGAAAUGAGGAUCAUGGUAUUGAGUGAUCUUGCUGGACUUGAACUGGGAUGUUCCACGCAUUUGUCCCGCCCCUCCUCCCAUUGUAAGGUAAGGUCAACGUAAAACAUCACUAACACCGAGGUCAGUUGGUUGAGCCCAACUCGUGGACUUUUCUAGUUAACAACCUUUUAUUUUCAUGAUUUGAGGAGCUGCGAAAAUAAGUAUUCAUUGUAGUACACUGGUAUAGACUGAAUGCUGGUUAAUUCACAUGGCCCGGGUGAGGAAAUCUUAGUCCGUAGGGAAAACUAGAAAAGAGUAAGAAAGUGAUAGGAUCUAAUAAAUUCCUAUUUCGUUUCUUUACUCGUUCUUCUUUCUCGGCUACCAACCCGCGAAAUAACCCUCGUUAGCCUCCUUUUUAUUUCAGGAUUGUCAUUUUCUCCUUGUUUACACCCCUAGUUAUUAGCAGACAGCUCCAUGGCCGGUCGAACUUGCUUCCAGAAAUUAUCCCAAACUGGAAAUCUGUUCAUGUGAAGUCAACGUAUAGUUUUGAUCCUGUUGCAUCAUCACCUUGAACUGCCAUUUGUUUAAUUUUUUGGUAUACACGAAUUAAUCGAUAUUAUGAGAUUUCUUAGAUAAUUCAGGUAGAUGCAUUCUUUUACUUAAUCUUUCUCCUGUGAGUUCAAAUUUAUUAUUUCUAGACUUUCAGGUGUAAAGAAGGACGCUGGGAUGCUAAGCAACUCAUUGCAUCUGGUGGGAUGCCGUCAUCUCAUUCCGCUACUGUUACAGCUCUUGCUAUAUCUGUUGGGUUACAAGAUGGCUUUGGUGGAUCAAUAUUUGCCACUGCAGCGAUUUUUGCGUGUAUUGUGAGUCGAAUGCUCCAUUUUUUGUACUAUUCAUCUUGUCCACCGUGAAUAUAUUAGCCUGCGUGGUUGCUUUUGGAUGCUCUUCAUAGUUGACUCCUGGCAAGUCUCUUUUUACUAAAUUUCGCCAUAAGCUGAUUAUCUAUCUAACUAUCUUCGAGCUCCAUUGUUACCAUGUGAAUUUUGGCCUAAAUUGGUGGACAUAUUUGGCUAUGUAGUAAGACAUCAGAAAACUGUCAAGUUAAAAUCAGUUCUACGUAUAUUCUCUAGUACCAUCUCCUGCACUGCCCUAGUCCAUCGAAGGAGUUGGGAUCUAUCAUGUCUUCCUUUAUGUUAAUGCAGCAAAUCCUCGUUUUUCUAUCUGUGAAUAUUUUGGCUGAAUAUUUUAAGCCUUUUUAAUUUUAAUGGGGAUUUUUAACUUCAGAUUAGUUGACAGGUAAUGCAUGAUGCGUUUGGGGUGAGAUUACAUGCUGGAAAGCAGGCAGAGGUAAUGUUCAGUCUCCUGUGGACUUUUCCAAUUCAUAAAUGCUCGAAAAUCAUAAAUAAUCACGUUUUCCUUCUUUUCCUUUUAUUUUCAAUGCUUGACGUCAUCUAUGACUGAGAAUUUUCCACUUUUAACUAAAAAUGCAUGCGAGAACCACACCAUAUUGCAUACAUAUCUUGGAAGUAAGCAUAAGUUUAAUGGGUAUGCCAAAUCACCCUUGGGACUAAAAUCUAUACCCAGAUAAGCAGUAUAGUCGAAAUAAUUUUUAAUUAUUAAUUAUUUUAUAUUUUACCUUUCUACUCAGAGUCAGAAUAAAAUUUCACGGGUAUAUCAUAAUCCAACAGAAAGUUAGAUCCACAUUAUCAUGAUACUAGUCACAGUUUAGCUUGAUCAGUUUCACUGCGAGGAUCUCUGGAUAAAAGGAACUUUUCUUCCGAUUAUUUUGGCUUUAUUAUAAAUAUCGAUUUCUGACCUUACUGAUUCUCCGCAGUUCAUGUGGAACGUCACAUCCAUGAUAAUUAGAAAAAUAAUUCUAUUGUCAAACAGGACAGCGCCUAAUCAGAAAAUUUCAUUCUAAAAAAUAAUUGACUUAAAUGGACAGAGAAUAUUCCUGGAAGGUAUUCCUUUAUUAAUGGCGUUCCAAUUAUCGAUGAUUUUUCUUAGAGUAGAUAUUCUUGGACGAGGAUCUUAUGCCAUCUUGAUGAAGCCAUAGGCUUCUAACAAAUGUCAGAAUAUUUACAGGAAACUAAAACAAAAAAAUUGUUUCCUUUAAUUUUUUUUCAACUUCAAAGUGCAACACUUAGUUAUUGUCUAUUCCUAAAGAUGCUCACUUUUUGUGCAUACAUGCGGUGCAAUAAAUGUGACUGGGUAUUCCCAAGAAUUCAACGUGUCAAAGAGAUCCGCGACUUCGUUCCUGAAAAUUGACGUUUUUGCUUUGAUGAUUUCAUUUAUUCUGGUCUCGUUAGGCAAAUUCGGCUCAAAUAUGAUGUCCCCGCAGGUUUUGAAUCAGAUUGUGUAUGAACUCCCUCCGGAGCACCCUUUAGCUGAAACAAGACCACUGCGAGAACUCCUCGGGCACACUCCCCUUCAGGUUCGGCUGGUUUCCUCCCCCUCUAGGGAACGCCUUAUUUAACCACUGGAAGAUUUGACUAACCGUCGCUGCCUCUGCCUUUCUCGCAUCCAUCCCAGGUUAUCGCCGGUGGUUUGCUGGGAUUCCUCACCGCUACUAUAGCGUACACGAUCCGCAUCGCUGGAAUUCAUACUUAG